AUGGCGCCUAAAAACAAGGGCAAGGGAAAAGACAAAGACGAGAGCAGUAACAGUAAAAGUGAAGGGGGAAAAGGCUCAGGCGGAAAACUCAAACCAGCAACUUCAAUAAACAAGGAAGAAGCAUUGGAGAAGCUGCGCAACGGCGCAAAAUUUGACGAAGUGGCCAGGGAAAUGAGUGAGGACAAAGCGAGGCAAGGUGGCAGCCUAGGUUGGAAAGUCAGAGGGAGCUUGAUGCAGGACUUCGAGAAGGUAGCAUAUGAGUUGGAGCCUAGUACAACUGGUAGCCCGAAGAUUGGCGAGGUGAAGACGAGCGAGGGAUAUCAUAUCAUCAUGGUUGAAGGGAGGAAGUAG